AUGUUUCCUAUCAAAUUCGAAUCUGACACAUCAUCUGAAUCAUUGAACAAUAUACAAAUAGACUACGAUGCAGAUGAUAUUCGAAAAUAUCAGCCAGUGGACAUCGCCACUCAACUCACAUUGUUCAAUCGACAUUUUCUAUUACUUAUCCAACCAGAAGAACUCAUAAACUUUGCCUUUCUAUCCACUGAAAAGAAAACUCUUGCACCCAAUCUCACAAUAAUAUUUGCAUUUUAUGAUCGAACUGUUCGACUAUUUGCCACACAAAUACUCAAACAUCAAUUAUUGGAACAACGAGCAUCUAUCAUCAAGCAUUUAGUUUUAGUUAUUCAACAAUUGUUUACAGUAAAUCAUGAUCUCCAGAGUAUUCGUCUGAUCUUAGCAACUUUUGAUCAUCCAUCGAUCUUUCGAUUACGUCAAACAUGGCGAAUAUUUCGACGAGAGAAUCCUAACUUGUACAUAACAUUAAAAUACUUUUGGAAUGUUCUCAGCCAAGGAAACAACUGGUCAGACUAUCGUUUGUGGAUUGAAGAGAAGUUUAUCAAAGAUUGUCUAAGCAAAAAACAGCCGAUGGUGUUAUUUGUCGGAUAUUUACUGUCAAAAAUGAUUAGUGAUCACUAUCGAUACUAUCGAAUAUAUUCCAAUGAUUCAUCAAACGAAAAGUCAUCACGUGUUCAUCAAAAUCUGAUUGAAUAUGUGAAACUAUCAUCUCCGACAGAGAAGUUUUUGUCCGAAAAAUAA